AUGACCGUCUCUUUCAAAGACAAGGUUGUUGUCGUGACCGGAGCCGGAGGUGGCUUGGGUAAGUACUACUGUUUGGAAUAUGCUAAGCGUGGUGCCAAAGUCGUGGUGAACGACUUGGGUGGAUCGUUGAGCGGCCAAGGUGGCGACUCGCGUGCCGCCGAUGUUGUUGUGGAAGAAAUUAAGAAGGCUGGCGGUAUUGCUGUUGCUGACUACAACAACGUUUUGGACGGUGAAAAGAUCAUCGAGACUGCUGUCAAGAACUUUGGUACCGUGCACGUUGUGGUGAACAACGCCGGUAUUUUGCGUGAUGCCUCGUUCAAAAAGAUGGCCGAUAAGGACUUCCAGUUGGUUGUUGAUGUUCACUUGAACGGAGCUUACAAGGUCACCAAGGCUGCUUGGGAGUACUUCAGAAAGCAGAACUAUGGUAGAAUCAUCAACACCGCCUCUCCUGCGGGAUUGUAUGGUAACUUUGGCCAGGCAAACUACUCCGCUGCCAAGUUGGGUUUGGUUGGUUUCGCCGAGACAUUGGCCAAGGAAGGUGAGCGUUACAACAUCAAGGCAAACACCAUUGCUCCUUUGGCCAGAUCCAGAAUGACUGAGUCCGUGUUGCCUCCUCCAGUUUUGGAGAAGUUGAACCCAUCCAAGGUUGCUCCUUUGGUUUUGUACUUGUCCUCUGAGGCCAACGACAAAGUCAAUGGAGAGAUCUUUGAGGUCGCUGCUGGUUUCUUUGCUCAGAUCAGAUGGGAGAGAUCUGGAGGUGUUUUGUUCAAGCCAGACGACUCCUUCACCGCUGAAUCUGUGUCCAAGAAGUUUGAGGAGAUCCGUAACUUCGACAACGCUGGCAAGCCAGAGUUGUUGCACACUCAGCAUCCUAAGAUGUUGAACGAUUACUUGUCGUUGAACGAGGCUGCUAAGCAGUUGUCCGCCAACGACAACUCGGGCGUGGACCCAGUGUCAUUGAAGGACCAAGUGGUGUUGAUCACCGGUGCUGGUGCCGGAUUGGGUAGAGACUACGCUUUGGCCUUUGCUAAGGUUGGUGCUAAGGUUGUUGUCAAUGACUUCAAAGAUCCCAACAAGGUUGUAGAGGAGAUCAAGGCCGCUGGCGGAGAUGCCCACGGUGACCAGCAUGAUGUUGCCUCGCAGGCCAAGGAGAUCAUCGACAAUGUCAUCGGCAAGUAUGGCAAGAUUGACGUUGUGGUGAACAACGCUGGAAUCUUGAGAGACCGUUCUUUCGCCAAGAUGACUUACGAGGAGUGGAUCCAAGUGCAGAAGGUCCACUUGAUUGGUACCUACCAGUUGACCAAGUUGGCUUGGCCUCACUUCUUGAAGCAGAACUACGGUAGAGUGGUGAACAUUGCUUCCACCUCUGGUAUCUACGGUAACUUUGGCCAGGCCAACUAUGCCGCUGCUAAGGCCGCCAUUCUCGGUUUCUCCAAGACCAUCGCCAUUGAGGGUGCUAAGAACAACAUCAAGGUGAAUGUCGUUGCCCCACAUGCUGAGACUGCCAUGACCAUGACUAUCUUCAGAGAGGAGGACAAGAACUUGUACCCACCAAAGUUGGUUGCUCCAUUAUUGAUCUUCUUGGCUUCUGAUCAGGUUCCAGUUACUGGUGAGUUGUUCGAGGGUGGUGGAGGAUGGAUCGGUGCCACCAGAUGGCAGAGAGCUAAGGGUGCUGUGUCCCAUGACGAGGACAUUUCUGCCGAGUUCAUUGCAGAGCACAUUGCCGACAUUGUUGACUUCUCCACCGGUACUGCCAACCCAUCUUCAACCACUGAGUCCUCCAUGGCCAUCUUGGAGGCUGUCGGUGGUGACGACGAUGAUGAGGAUGAUGAGGACGAAGAAGAGGACGACGAUGACGAGAUUGACGUCAACAAGCUCCCAGAUCCAGUCUUCUCUUGGACCGAUAGAGAGGUUAUCUUGUACAACCUCGGUGUUGGUGCCAAGGUCACCGACUUGAAGUACGUUUACGAGAACGACUCGGAUUUCCAGGUCGUACCAUCGUUCUGUCACUUGCCAACCUUCAACUCGGUUAAGUCUCAGGAGUCGUUUGCUCAGUACUUGAGAAACUUCAACCCAAUGCUUUUGUUGCACGGUGAGCAGUACAUUAAGAUCAACGCCUUCCCAAUCCCAACCGAGGGUGAGGUUGUCACCAGUUUCCACCCAGUGUCUGUUGCUCAGAAGGGUACGAAUUGUGUCAUUGUCAACGGUUCGAAGUCUAGAGACACCAAGACCGGAGAGAUUCUCUUCGAGAAUGAAGCUACUCUCUUCAUCAGACAGUGUGAGGGUGACACUAAGAAUUAUGCUGAGAGACCAACCUUUGCAACCAACCCCUUCAAUGCACCAAAGACUGAGCCAACCUUUGUGAAGGAUAUUGUCACUUCCAAGGACCAGGCUGCAUUGUACAGAUUGACUGGAGACAGAAACCCAUUGCACAUUGACCCUGCUUUUGCUGCGGGUGCUAAGUUUGAUUCUCCAAUCUUGCACGGAAUGUGUACCUAUGGUUUGUCUGCAAAGGUCUUGUUGGAUGAGUUUGGAGCUUUCAACGAGAUAAAGGGUAGAUUCACUGGUAUUGUGUUCCCAGGUGAGACUUUGAGAGUUUACGCCUGGAAGCAAGGUGACACUGUCAUUUUCCAGACUCAUGUGGUUGACAGAAAGACCAUUGCUAUCAACAACGCUGCCAUCAAGUUGAUUUCCGACAAGGGCAAGUUGUAA